CGCCACCGCCGCCGCCAUAGAGACUGUAGCCGUGGAGACUGUUACUUACCAACGGGGACCAACACGCAGCCGCCGCUGCUACCGCCGCGGGAGCCGCUGCCCGAACUCCCGGCCCGAACUCCAGAACUGAGCAUGCAGAAUGCGGAGGGUGGAUCCGAUUCGCCGGCUUCUGUGACCCUGUGUCCGUCGGCGGCAGCGCAGGCCCCCGUGGCCCAGCCGGUACCAGCCUCCCCGCAGAGGGUGUUGGUCCAGGCAGCGGGCUCGGCUCCCAAAGGGGCCCAGAUGCAGCCAAUCUCCCUCCCCAGGGUCCAGCAGGUGCCACAGCAGGUGCAGCCCCUGCAGCACGUGUACCCCCCGCAGGUGCAGUACGUGGAGGGCGGAGACGCCGUCUACACGAAUGGAGCCUUACGGACGGCCUAUGCCUACAACCCCGAGCCUCAGAUGUACGCCCCCAGCAGCGCAGCUUCUUACUUCGAGGCCCCGGGCAGCGCCCAGGUGACCGUGGCAGGCUCCUCCCCGCCAGCGGUCCCCUCCCACAGCAUGGUGGGCAUCACCAUGGAUGUCGGGGGGAGCCCUCUUGUCUCCAGCGCGGGAGCCUAUCUCAUCCACGGGGGGAUGGACAGCACCAGACACUCCCUCGCCCACACCUCCCGGUCAUCGCCAGCUACGCUCCAGUGGCUGUUGGAUAACUAUGAAACCGCAGAAGGCGUGAGUCUCCCCAGAAGCUCACUCUACAACCAUUACCUUCGGCACUGCCAGGAGCACAAGCUGGACCCUGUGAAUGCCGCCUCCUUCGGGAAGCUGAUCCGCUCCGUGUUCAUGGGCCUGCGGACGCGGCGGCUGGGCACCAGGGGCAACUCCAAGUAUCAUUACUAUGGGAUCCGCCUGAAGCCAGACUCGCCCUUGAACCGGCUGCAGGAGGACACCCAGUACAUGGCCAUGCGGCAGCAGCCCAUGCAUCAAAAGCCAAGGUACCGGCCAGCCCAGAAGACGGACGGCCUUGGGGACAGCGGCUCGCACGGCAGCCCGCACGGCACGCCAGAGCAGGCCAUGGCCGCGCAGAGCCUGCACCACCAGCAGUACCUCGAUGUGUCUCACGUCUUCCCGGAGUUCCCGGCGCCCGACCUGGGCGGCAUCCUGCUGCAGGAAAGCAUCUCGCCGCACGACGUCAAGGCCCUGCAGCUGCUCUACCGGCGGCACUGCGAGGCAACGUUGGACGUCGUGGUGAACCUCCAGUUUCACUACAUUGAGAAGCUGUGGCUUUCCUUCUGGAACUCGAAAGCCUCCUCAGGUGAUGGCCCUGCCUCUCUACCUGCCAGCGAUGGGGAGCCCGAAGGCGCCGUCCUCCCAAAGGACAAGCUGGUGUCUCUGUGUAAAUGCGAGCCCAUUCUCAAGUGGAUGAGGGACUGCGACCACAUCCUGUACCAGGCCCUGGUGGAGAUCCUCAUCCCCGACGUGCUGCGGCCGGUGCCCAGUACCUUGACACAGGCCAUCCGUAAUUUUGCCAAGAGCUUGGAAGGCUGGCUGACGAACGCCAUGAGAGACUUCCCGCAGCAGGUCAUCCAGACCAAGGUGGGCGUGGUCAGCGCCUUCGCCCAGACCCUGCGCAGGUACACGUCCCUCAACCACCUGGCGCAGGCGGCGCGCGCUGUGCUGCAGAACACCUCCCAGAUCAACCAGAUGCUCAGCGACCUCAACCGCGUGGACUUCGCCAACGUGCAGGAGCAGGCCUCGUGGGUGUGCCAGUGUGAGGAGAGCGUGGUGCAGCGGCUGGAGCAGGACUUCAAGCUCACCCUGCAGCAGCAGAGCUCCCUGGACCAGUGGGCCACCUGGCUAGACAGUGUGGUCACCCAGGUCCUGAAGGAGCAUGCCGGCAGCCCCAGCUUCCCCAAGGCUGCCCGCCAGUUCCUUCUGAAAUGGUCCUUUUACAGCUCCAUGGUGAUCCGUGACCUCACGCUGCGCAGCGCCGCCAGCUUCGGCUCCUUCCACCUGAUCCGCCUGCUCUACGACGAGUACAUGUUCUACCUGGUGGAGCACCGCGUCGCAGAGGCCACCGGAGAGACACCCAUUGCCGUGAUGGGAGAGUUCAAUGAUCUCGCCUCCCUAUCGCUGACGCUGCUCGAUAAAGAUGACCUCAGCGAGGAUCGCGGCAGUGAGGCCGACUCCGACGCCCGCAGCCUGGGCGAGCCCCUGGUAAAGCGGGAGCGCAGCGACCCAAACCACUCCCUGCAGGGCAUCUAGGUCCGGGGUGCCUCCCGCAGGCUCCAGCCCGGGCCUCUGGGCUCUACUGUAAUAGUGCCUCUUAGAUGGUGGGACCUUUGCUCUGACUCACGGGGGCUCCAGUUCACGCUCAAGGGACAUGCCAUUCCUCCGAAGAAAAUCGUCGUUACCCACAACAGAAGGUCACAUCGGGCUCCUGAGUGCCUGAGCUGCUCACCUCGUGCCUCCUGGGUCAUCUUUUCCUUCUGAGUGUUCUUACCCUCUCCUCUGCCUGGCCGUGAACUUCGGUCCAAGUCUCCACAUCCCGCCUGAGACCUGGAAGGGGCCGUGCUGGGCGAGCCGGCACCUCCACAUUGGGCUUCUCAGUUCAGCCUCUUCCAGUUUCCACCAUUCUUUUUAAAAAUUUGGAUCCCAGGAGGGAAGGGGUGUCCUGCAGCUGCUGGGCAGUACUGAGCGGACUGGUAUCCACAGAGGCCCCUGCCCUGGUGCCCCGUGGUGGGAAGGGACCACCUCCAUGCUGUGCCCAGGGCCUCCUGCCCUGCCGGCUGGGCCGAGGCGUGGAAGCCGGCCCCCAGGAGCCCCAUCUGCAGACACCAGAGGUCCCCAGAAGCAGCUGUCAAUCACCAUGGCCCCAUGUGGCCCGAAGAACAAGUCAUGGAAGUGGCCCGCCCAUGCCAAGACAUAGUGGUGUCUUCAAGAAUCAAAACCAGAAGUUUUAUCGGCAACUGGGAGGAUCUGGGUUCUGUCCAAGUUCACGCCAACAUCAAGCCAAACUGCUGGGUCUGGAAUGAGUUUGUUCCGAGGGGGCUGGAUGGUCGAUGUUUCAGUGGUGCCUUCAGAGGGCAGCCAUCGGGCCAAGUCUGCCUGGCUCCCGCUCCAGAAUCUUCUGGAAUGCCUGCUCUGGAAUUAGCAAUCCUGGAGCACUUCGACCCAGCAUGAGUCCCAUCUUGAACUGCUCAAAGUCGAAACUCUUCGCUGGGUGACAUGAACCCCGAGGACUCGCACAGCCCUUGAGCUGUGAACACUCCGGAUCUGUAUCCGCCAUAACACAUUGCACUUGGUUAGCUCCGCGCAAGAGUCCCGCCCCCAAACCAACUGCAAAAAAGAAAGACAAACCUCUGGUCUGGGAAGCACCAUCGUAUGAAAUGCAAUAGUUCUCUUUUUGGAAAUAUGUUUAUAUCAAUAGUUUUGUGCUCUAAUUGUUACUAGAAUGUUUCUUAUGAACAUGUAUAUUGCGGUAUAUUCGGUCCCCCAUAUUUUUUUUUCAUUCAUGCAGAAGGUACUAAUGUAAACUCACGUGGCCUUGAGAAAAACCUUACUUCCCGACAAGCCGCGCACUCCUAGGUCCACCCCAGGUGUGCAGAGCGGUGUGGAGGGCAAAGACAGGAAAGGCUAGGCGCUUGUUUUAGAAACCAAGUCUAUCAUAAUCACAAUGUUUGUCUGGUUUUACAGUUUGAGACUUAGAUGAAAUCAGACAGAAAGAAUGUCUUUAAAAUAUAUAUCUCCCCUCCCGGGAGACAUUUAAGCUCACGAUUUGUGGGUUGUGAUGGCCUGUCUUCUUCCAUGUGGGGUGAGCAGUACAAACUGGGUUCCCGCCUUAUGCUCCUGCCUUUGCAGGAUUCCACGAGGAACAACACAAGUGACGGUAAAGACAUGCGUCUUCCAAGACCGUUGUCGUUUUUCGGCGAUCCACAUUCCAGCCCUUCCCCGCCAUACACGGGUGCACGCGCGCAUACACACACACGCGUGCACGCGUGCGUGCACACACAGUGGCCCUGGAGAAUACAGGCCUCCCUCCAGGCCCGUCCCCUGCCCUGGACUGCCAACCUGUCCGGGCUCCUGCCAUGCGAGGCUCCGAGGAGAAGCAGCGGCCUCCAGCACUUUCUUCUUGGCUCUCUGGGGAGUGUUCCAGAAGGAGCGGAUUCCCUGAGUUUCGUUUAGCAAGGCCAGCUCUGGGCCAGAGAUGGCAAGAAAGCAAUGGUCAGCCCUGGAAGAUCAGGACUAUUUGGGAGUGGACUAGACUUACCCAGAUACAGCAGAACAAAGCCCCGGCCCCAGGCACCGAUGAAACCCUCUGGUUGUCCCCAGGACUUACUCGGCAGAGGGUUGGGGGCCAAACUUGGGAAUCCCCUAAGAAUCACUACAUGAGCUUGUGUGAACGUGGCCAGUGCCUGGUGGGAUUAUCAUGGGGGCUGGAAAUCCGCGUUGUCUGGACCACCCCUGGCAGAGGGGAGGGGAUCCGACACAGAGUUAUAGGACUUUGAAGAACCCCUGCAGAGGAGACCCAGCAGGCUCGGGAACGAGGGAAGGCCCACCGAUGGGAAGAUGUUCCAGAAACACGGGACACCAUUCCUGGUCAGUCACCCCUAAAAGUUGCUCUUCUGUGCCAGGCAGGUGUCCCACGUCCCGCAGAGAUGCUCAGCCUUGGCCCCCGCCCAGGCCCAUCUAUCCCCAAUAGAGGUCCUGGGACCCCUGGGUGGCGCUAAAAUCAUCUGCCUCCCUGGGCUGGGACCUCCGGGGACCUGCACGUGGCUCAAUGCUCUGCCGUCACCAUCUUAAGAUUCUCAAUAGUUUUUGAAGAAAGGGCCCACGCUUUCGUUCUGCGCUGGGCCCCAGGACAAAUUUUGCGGCCAGUCUUGGGAAACUCCCAGGACAUGACCAUGCAGACUCCCCUUCAGCUGGGCGGCUGGGCCCUGUCCCUGUGGUGAGUCUCUACCAGGCUCUCAGAACCCAGCAGAACCCCGACUCGCCCCAUCCUCUUGUCGUUCAUGACCGCAGUCCCUCUGCAGCCUGACAUCCCUGAGCACGGCCAGCCCUUGCACCAAGCAGCAGCCACCCCCAGCCCUCCCUGUCUGAGAGCCAGGCCCGGUGCUGGGGUGGCAGGGUGCCUGGAGGAGGAGAGCCAGGCCCUGCUUCUGGGCCUGCGUAGCUGGUGACAGAAUGAGCCCAGGUGAUGUCUCCAUGACCACUGCCCCAGGAACGAGAGAGGAGAUGAGCAGGGGAGACUGCCGAAGGCCCACAGUCUAUCAAGUCCCCUAGAAAGCCCACAGAGUAGGGACCCAGAGCACAGAGCCAAACAACAAAGGGAACCUAGUCCUACCAAGAGCCUCUGGGAGGUUCUAACUAAUCACAACAACUCCAUACUAGACGCUUCUAUCCAAUCUCCUCUUUUUGACAGUAGGUGUUCCCUCAUUGUACACAUGGGAAAAUUGAAGCUGCUGGCUGGAAUGCAGAUAGGAUGGCUGGAGCAUCAGCAGCCAUUUUUAGACCUUGAGGUGGGUCUCCUACAAUAAGGCAGGCAAAGCAAUGAGACAGAAGGAACCUGGAUCCCUGGUGAUCGUGGAGCUGCAUUACAAUCCUGACA